AGGAGCAGCGUGCGUAGCGACGUGAUGGCGGCGAUGGAGAGCGAGGAUACCCGGCAGCAGAGACGUUCCGGAGCGACGGGGACACCCUGUGGACGCGGCAACAUCCAGGGCAGCGGUGACGGGUCCGGAGCGGCGGGGACACUCUUCCUGGUGAGGACUCACAAUGGACGGCUUGAUAGUAUGGAGAUUGCUGGCCGGCUUCCUUCUCUGCUGUCCCAAUGAUCUUCUGACUUCUGCAGCGGCCAUCGAAGUGCCAGGAAGCAAGGCCUGCAGCAGCGAGAAGGCACUCACCAUCACCCAUAUCUACAGCGCUGAUGGGGAAGAACCGCUACAAACCGUGGAAUCGAGUGAUAACCAGCUGGUGUUCAGGCACAAACUGCAGCUCCAAAACUCUGCUGCAGACUGCGAGAGGAAUGCACUUAUAGAUGACCUCCUCGCCAGGCUGCAAGCGUUAGAACUGGGGAUGAAGGAGAUGAAGGAUCAGUAUGAUGGAUGCUGUGGAGCUGCAGCACUUUAUGGUAACUGUAAUGGAAAUGGAAAGUAUUCACCAGCAUUAGGCUACUGCCAGUGUGAUGAGGGAUGGGAAGGACCUGACUGUUCCAUAAAGAAGUGCCUCUAUGACUGUGGCAAGUUUGGCACCUGCGUUAAUGGCGUUUGCCAGUGUCUGGAGGGAUAUACCGGCCCAGCCUGCAGGAAGAAGAAAUGUCCGGUUGAUUGUGGAGAAUUUGGGAAAUGUGUUGACGGCACCUGCAUAUGUUCAGAGGGAUACACUGGCGUGGACUGCAAAGAGAAAAAAUGUGCUGUCGACUGUCGUCCCAAUGGCCGCUGUGUUAAUGGAGAAUGUGUCUGCGAUGAAGGAUUCAUGGGAGUUGACUGCGCCAUAGAGAUCGCCAGUCUUUGCAGCUAUAAUGGUAGAUAUGACCCUACCACUGGUCUGUGUGUGUGUAAUGAUGGCUGGGAAGGACCAGACUGUUCUGUGAAAAGCUGCCCCAAUAACUGCGCUAAUAGAGGGGUGUGUGUCAAUGGCGUUUGCCAGUGUCCAAGUGGUUUCACAGGCCUUGACUGCAGUGAGAAGGCAUGCCUCUUGGACUGUGGUGAAAAUGGCAUAUGUGUCGAUGGUGCCUGCCAGUGUAACUUGGGAUGGACAGGACCAAACUGCAAGAUGGUAGAUUGUAUCGUCAAUUGUGGGGAAAAUGGCCGUUGUGAUGGUGGCCAGUGCUUCUGCGAGGAGGGAUUCUUUGGUGACUCUUGCUCAGAAGUGAUGGCCGUACAGAACUUACGUCUCAUCAGCACUACAGAGGACUCUCUGAACAUUGCCUGGGAUCUGCUGGUGGAAAUAGAUUAUUAUUAUAUUAGUUAUUAUCCUUUCGGAGAUGAAAGCCAGAAACGGCAGAUUAAAGUUUCUGCAAACCAAGACUUUUACCAGAUUGGCGGUCUGAGCCCCAGCACAUUGUAUAAAAUACUGAUGUACCAAGUGAAGAAUGGAGUGACCAGCGACCCAGCUGAGCUUCAAGGCCGAACUGAUGAUGCUGCUCUUGGAACUCUGUGGGUGACUGAAGAGACUGAGGAUUCCUUGGAGGUGGAGUGGGAAAAUCCUGACGUUAGAGUGGACUACUUCAAACUAAAGUAUGCUGCCCAACCUGGAGGAGCGGAGACAGAGGUUCAAGUGUCCCAGAGCAAUGACCCCAAAACUAGAUACAUCAUUACAGGUCUACUGCCCAGUACAACGUACGAUAUCAGCAUCCAAUCUGUGAGAGGAGGACGAGAAGGAAAAGCCUCAUCUGUAGUGGGCAUAACAGGAAUUGAUGGCCCUAAAAACCUGGUGACCACAGAUGUGGGUGAAGACACUGCCAGCCUGUCCUGGGAGGCUGCCCGAGCUCAGAUCGAUCGCUACAUAUUGACCUACACAUCACUGGAUGGACAAAGCGAGGAGAUGGCUGUGGGCAAAGACAAGACCACCACUUUCUUGACAGGCCUCACCCCUGGCAUGGAGUACAUAUUCAACAUUUGGUCAGAAAAAGGAAGCAAGAAGAGUAAGAGAGCCACUGUUUCGGCCAUAACAGACAUUGAUGCACCCAAAAAUCUUGAGGCCUCUGGAAUUUUACAGACAGAAGCCACCUUGACCUGGACUCCUCCUAUUGCUCAGAUAGAUGGUUACAUACUUACCUAUGAGGAUGGAGAUGGCAACCGUCAGGAGAUUGAAUUAGAUGCUUCAAGCAAGAGUUAUGAGUUGAAAGGUCUUCAGAGAGGAUCCCAGUACAAUGUCUUCUUGAGGGCAUACAAAGGAGAACGAAAGAGCAGACAAGCCACCACCAUGUUUAUCACUGUGGCAUACAUAAUUAAAUUCCCUGUGGAUUGUAGCCAAAUCCGACUUACCGGCAACAGACAAAGUGGUGUAUAUACCAUCUACCCUGGAGGAGACAACACACCAGGUGUCAGAGUGUAUUGUGACCAGGAUACCGAUGGGGGUGGAUGGACUGUGUUCCAGAGAAGGACUAAUGGGAAGCUUGACUUCUACCAGCGCUGGAGGACAUAUGGAGAGGGAUUUGGAGAUCCCAAUGAUGAAUUCUGGCUUGGUCUGGAGUGGCUUUAUAAACUUACAUCUAGCCCCGUGGAUUAUCAGUUGCGUGUGGACCUCCGGGCCGGAACGGAGUCUGCCUAUGCCGUUUAUAACACCUUUAAAGUGGCUUCUUCUAGGGAUAGAUACAAACUGACUGCUGAUAACUACUCUGGCACAGCAGGCGAUGCUCUUAAGUAUCAUAAUGGAUUGAAAUUCACUACGUGGGAUAAAGACAAUGAUCUUGCACUGACUAACUGCGCCCUCUCACAUCGUGGAGCCUUCUGGUACAGAAACUGCCACCUUGCCAACCCUAUGGGGCAGUAUGGUGAUAACAACCACAGUCAGGGAGUUAACUGGGAGCCUUGGAAAGGACAUGAAUUCUCCAUUCCAUUUAUAGAAAUGAAGAUGAGACCAAUAAGUCCAAUGAUUUAAGGGAAAUUCAGUACAACAUUCCAUCUUUGAAAGGGUUUCUAUCAGAUUAGGGAAAAAAUAAAAACAUGGCUGCUAUCUUUUUGAAAUACCGUUUUUGGCCAUUUAAGUAACAGUGGCUAAACUCUAAUACGGUACCUAGCCCAUAGACAAGAAUGACGCUAUUUUCUGCAAAAUAGCCACCAUGUUUACCUAAUCUCAUACAACCCAUUUGAAGGGAUUUUCCACUUUGACAUGAAAAGGCUCAAUCGCUAAACAAAUGAAAAGUUUGACAACUUUCUAAUAUACUUUAUGUUUCCAUUGCUCGCCAUAACAGCUGGAGGCACACUGAGUGGGUAACACUGCUCUAAGAUAAAGAACUUGAGACUGAUACAUUGUAGCAAACUAUCAUAGCACACAGAGCAUUGCCUAGGCUGCAUGCAAACGUAUCCAGAGCUAGCUAGGGAUAAGGACAAAAAUAUCUUCAAUAUUGAGGAGGAAUAGAAAAAAUAAAAUAUAUUGAAAAAGUUGUUCAUCAUUCUUAUGUUUAUAUAGUGAUUAAGCUUUAUGAACUUACAAAGUAAAAUCCCCUUGAAGGGUAUGUUCACACGCUCCUACCUAGCAGCGGAUUUGGCUAUCUGCGAGUAACGCCAUCAUUCACUUGCAUGGGCCUGCAGAUAGUCCGCUGUGUUGUCAAAUUGGCAGAUUUCCAGUGGACCCGUUGAAGUGAAUGGUAGUGUAACUCGCAGAGGACUUCCCGCAGCAUGGAAACCCACUGUUAUUUGAAGCGCAUAGACGUACCCUAAAGGGGAUUUCCAACCUUAUAAAAGUGAUGGCCUAUCUAUAAGGUACUGCAGCAUUGCUCUGUUUACUUGAUUGGGGACAGUGGUGCAGUGACUUGCACCACCACUACUAAGGGUUCAUGCACACUAAGGAAUUUCCACCUGCAGAAAAUCUUGGUGGAAUGAAUUGGCGCCAUGAGCGCUCUGACAUGCACUGUCCCCAUUGACGACAAUGCAAUUCCAGGCAGAAUUUCGCCGAAAGAAUGAACAUCAAUCUUUUAUUCAUUAACAUCACUCAUUCUUUCUGAACUGCAAUUUCCUUGGCAGAAAUUCCACCAUGGAAAUUCUGCAGUGUGCAGUAGGAUUCCAUUGAAUAUAUUAGGAGGCUUCCGCAUUAGGCCUAAUAUGUUGAGGAUAGGCCAUCAUUUUUAUAAGGAUAGAAAACCCCUUUAGGCUUGAUUUCCACUUGGCAGUUUCUGAGCCGAAGCCAAAAGUGUAUUCAAAAGGAAUGGGAAAUAUAACGGAAGGACUUCUUGCUUUGGCUCAAAAACUGCAAUGGCAGUUUUCCCCUAAAAAACGGCAAAGCAGAAAAGGGGUAGUCGAGUAAAAUAGAACUAAUCCCCAAGCCACAGAAUAGGGAAUAAGUGUCUGAUCAUGUGGGGGGGGGAGUCUGAUCACUGGAAACCCCCUCGAUCUCCUGAACGAGACAUGACUUUCUGAGUAAAACGCUUGAUACCGACGGUGCUCGCUCCAUUUAUUCUCUAUGGGAGCACCUAAAAGAGUUUUGUCCAUAUGGGGACUGGAUCCGGCCUGGGGAUGGGAAAACUGGGCGCUCCCGUAUCACUAUCUGACUCCUGUCGGCUCAUUCAAAUGAACGAGAUGGGGGCCGGGUCCGGCUGGGAUACGGGAGGGCCGGUUUUCCCAUCCCCCGGCCGGAUCCGGUCACCGUAUGGACAAAACGGAGUGUGAACCCAGCCUUAGUGCUGUACAUAGGCAUCUCCAGCGCUCAUAUAGAAAUGAAUAGAGAUUGUGUCGUCUGCAGCAUGUGCUCCACAGGAAGAGCCGGGUCCCGUCCAGGAGAAACCCUGGGGUCUAAGUAGUUGGACCGCCUGCGAUCAGACACAUAUCCCCUAUUCUGUGUAUAGGAAACAAGUUGUUUUUCACUGGACCACCCCUAUAAGAAGUAGUUAUUUGAGUUUCUCCCUGAGGAUGCUGGGAAGCUGAAUUUCUUUUUUUAUCUGUUUUACAUGUGACUUUUGUUCUAUUUAUGUCACAUGGACUCAAAUAGUGCAGACUAAUUCUGCAGCUCCAGAAUCGUCCCUCAUUUGUUGUUCUUUUAUUUUAUACAUUGCAAUUUUGUUAGUAUUUAACCUCAUUCAUGUUUUUCAUGUUUAUUUAAUGCACUAUCCAUGCAGCAUGACUUCAAUGAUGAUUGUUGUGGUUAUGUUAUUUUCUUGAGCUAUCUAAAUCCAGAGAGUGGUUGUGACUGAGUGCUCCGGUCUUCACCCCCAGAAGCGGGCAGGAUAUGUAAAUAGUCCAUUUCUACAAUGUCUUUCCUGCUGGCAAGCUAACUACUCACCUUACUGUCACACAUACAAUGUAUAUAGUUGUAUUCUGCCCUGCAAACUAAAUCUGUACUGAAAUAGAAAAAUAAAGAUGUUCACAGGAACAA